AUGGGGCUGUACCAGGAGGAGGCAUCUGAGUGGAGCCCAGUGGUUCCUCCCACCUUUUUUGGGGUGUCCCCGCCCUCCCUGCUUCCUUUGGCCCUGCCCCUGAGGGACAGGAGCAGUAGCAGCAGGUUUGGCUCCUGUGGAAAGGAGGUGGCAGGUAUGAUGAUCCCAGAGGAGAUUCAGAGACUCCUGGAAGAUGCUGAAGGUUACCUGGCGGAUGGACUGCAGAAUGAAAACCUGAGUGCUAAAGCAAGGGAGCAGAGGGAUGCAAUUCUCUUUGGCUUCCAGCAAGUCAAAGCCAGGUUUUGCGCUGACAUCCAGCCUCGAGAGGAUCAGCACGACUUCGGACAGGACAGUUCUGAUGAAAAUCAGAGCUGGAGUUUGGCUCCUUCCAUGACAGCUGAUGCUUCACUUCGAUCAGACUUCCAGGAUGAUGGACUGGAAGAAAUCACACCGAAGCCUGUUCAAGACACAGGGAACAUUUUGAAGCAAGGAUAUCUGGAGAAGAGGUCCAGAGAGCACAGCUUUUUCGGGUCAGAGUGGCAGAAGCGGUGGUGUGUCCUCAACAGAAGGACCUUUUACUACUACGCCAAUGAGAAAAGCAAGCAACCUAAAGGCACCUUCUCCAUUGAGCACUGUAGUGCCCGGCUGGCUUUCCAUCUCCGCAAAGACUCUCGAAAAAGAUGCUGUUUCGAGUUAAUCUGCCCAGGCAAACGCACCUACGAGUUCACAGCCCCAAGCCCAGCAGAGGCUGAAGACUGGGUGGAUCAGAUCCAGUUCCUCCUGAAGGACCUGAGCUCCCUCACUAUCCCAUAUGAUGAGGAGGACGAAGAAGAGCCCUACAAUGAUGUGGACAGUUCUGACUCUGCGAACACAGCAUCCCACAAUACUACGCUGAAUCAGGAUGAGCCAAACAUUGAGAUGGAAGAGGAUGACAUCUACGAGGUUUUGCCAGAUGAGGAGCUGGAGCCCCCCUUCCCAGAGGACAGCGAGGAUGCCGGGAGCAGACAGAGAAGCGGAGGUCACCGGCGAGAUUACGCCAAUUACUACCAAGGCAUGUGGGACUGCAGCAGCGAGCAUCCCGACGAGCUCUCCUUCCACCGCGGAGACCUCAUCUACAUCCUAAGCAAGGAGUACAACGUGUACGGCUGGUGGGUCGGAGAGCUGAACAACAUGGUCGGCAUUGUCCCGAAGGAUUACCUGGUGGCUGCCUACGACCUGGAGGAGUGA